UUAGCUCCAAACUCAGUACUAGCCGGGCGCCCUCCGAACUCAGCCGGGCGCCCUCCGCCAGCAGCCGGAACCGUGCUGUGCGUCGUUCUGACCACCAUCCUGCCAGGGCCAACCCGUGGUGGGUUCAGGUGGUGCCAGAGCCAUGGAUACAGCGGCAUUGGUGGUGAUGAUGCUCUUCUUGCUGACGCCCCCCACGUUCUUCUUGAUCCUUUGCUGGGGCUAUCAAUAUCGGGGCUGGCGCUUGGACGAUGCCUCCGACACCGAGAGCGGCGGCGCGAACGGCGCUUCCGAGAGCACCGGCAACGCUGCCGCGAACGGCGCCGGGAACGCCGCGGGCGGAGCCUCCGAGCGACCGCGCCACAAGAAGAGCAUCGACAAGAUGACCAAGGCUUUCCAGUUGUUGCCCGAGGAAAUCACGCGCAAUCCAAGCACCUGCACCAUUUGCCUGGAUGUCAUCGAGCUGGGUGAGAAAGUCAAGGUCUUGCCCUGCGAUCAUCGCUAUCACAACGAUUGCUUCCUGAGUUGGUCCACCCACAAGGCCUCCAAGACCAAAAUGUGGGGCAUCGUUCAAUGCCCUGUGUGUCGAAACACCUCCUCCUUGACGAGGACAGUCCACCCCGGCACCCGGCUCCAGGGCGACGCCGAACACGUCCGAAGCUGCUAACAGGCCAGAUGGAAGUGAUCUACAUGGACUGCCGAACCCAGAGAGCCUGAACCUAGAAGGGGCGGAACCCCCGCGUGUGAUGGUCUCCGUGAUCUUGUGAGCCGUCUGUCGCAGCUGGAGCUGAGGCUGGCGACAGCUGGGACACCCAGAUACCUGCAAACAAAUUUGUCUAAAGAGGAGUGAGUUGAGGUCUUGAAGCCGGGUUGACACCGGAACAGCCUGGAGUCUCGG